AUGAUCAAGCCCCGUGUGCCAGGUGGCGAUCUUGCUCGAGUGACUCGUGUCAAGAGCAAGGCUGAGAUGCAGCUUCUCGGUCGGAAGGAUCACCAGGUGAAGGUUCGUGGGCAGCGGAUUGAGCUGGGCGAGGUUGAGCAUUUACUCCUUCAGUGUGCUGGAGCACUGGUCACAUCGGUGGCCGUGGCUUCUUUUGAUGAUCGCCUGGUCGCUUUCUGUGUGCCAUCCGAUCUCUUGCUGACAGAGAUGAGGGAGAGCAACGUGGCGUCUGUGCUGCGCGCGGUGAUUCGUUACCUCUCCGAGAAAGAGGUGCCACGAGGCAUGCGGCCUCGUGUCGUUCUCACAAACUCCUUGCCAUGGACGGCGUCUGGCAAGGUGGCCCGCGGCGAGCUGCGGACGCUCCUCACCGAGGAAUCAGAAGACGAGACACCAGAGAUGCCUCUGCAAGGCUUCUCGGCGGAGGUGGCAGAGAUUUGGGCUCAAGAGCUGGGGCAGCCGGUGAAGCGCAUCAAACACCACUCCCACUUUCAGGAGCUUCUUGCUUUUUGCGAGGCUCAAGGCAUUUGCUUGUACCGAAAGGCCUUUCAAGGCUCUUUGCGAUUUAUUCCUGCUAGCUGGCGUUCGGAGCUCCUUGAGAGCUCCAGGCGCAGAGAUGAGAAGACCCAAGGUGUCAAAGAGCUCUUCGAACAGUACACAAAAGAGCUCCGUCGAGGGUGGGUGCAGAGCCCCGUGGGAACGGAUGAGGCUGAGGAACCGAAAAGCGCAGAGGACCUCCAAAAGGCGCUGCAGGCCGCCCAGCAAAAGCUGAAGGAAGAACAAGCUCGGAACAAGGGCUUGGAGGCCGAAUUGGCCGCCACACAACGGCUCCUCAAGGUGGUUGCAGGGCUUCUGGGGACGACACAGGGAAUUCCAAAAGAGGAGAGAGCUAACAAGUUCAAGUGA